CCAGAACAAUCCAAUGUCAUACAUGUACUUGGUUAAGCACGUUCCUAUACAAGAUGGCUCAACGACUACUGAAUUUAUCAAAAGGUUUAUCUUCUCGAGUAAUAUACAGCGUUGGCUACAGAUGCUUGUCAACUACAGCUAGAAGACACUAUGAAUAUGAUGGCCCAUCUAUGAAAACAGUGGUGCCUGGACCAAAAUCACAGGCACUGUUUGAAGAGUUGGGAGCAAUUCAGUCCCCAAAGGCAAUGAAAUACUUCAUUGAUUUUGAAAAGUCUCRUGGUAACUAUGUUGUUGAUGCUGAUGGGAAUGUACUUCUAGAUGUCUUCCAACAAAUUGCUUCUAUGCCUCUAGGCUAUAAUCAUCCAGGGCUCCUUGAAGCACUUAAAAGUGACUCUGACCUUAUAACAUUUAUAGCAAAUCGUUCUGCCUUGGGCAUGCUUCCUCCYACAACAUUGCCUACAAACCUGAAAGAAUCAGUUCUUAAGGUAGCACCCAUGGGUCUCUCUGAAGUCACAACUAUGGCUUGUGGAACAUGCGCCAAUGAAAAUGCUCUUAAAGCAGCUUUUAUUUGGUACAGGAAUAAGGAAAGAGGAGAUGUUAGUCCCACAUCUGAAGACAUGGAGACUUGCAUGGCGGGCAAGUUACCUGGUUCAACACCUUACACUGUCAUGUCAUUUGAGGGUGCAUUUCAUGGAAGGACACUUGGUGCCCUAACUUUAACUCGUUCCAAAGCAAUCCAUAAAGUAGACAUACCAUGUUUUGACUGGCCUGUUGCACCAUUCCCUAAGCUAAGGUAUCCUUUAGAGGAGUUUGAGAAAGAGAAUGCAAAAGAAGAGGAAAGAUGUUUGAAUAUUGUCUCUGAAAUGAUUCAAGAUUGGAAUAAUAUGGGAAAGAAUGUUGCAGCACUCAUCAUUGAACCAGUUCAAGCUGAAGGAGGGGAUAAUCAUGCAUCACCAGGUUUCUUCAGGAARCUUCAAGCAAUUUGUAAAAAGCAUGGAACAGCUUUUGUAGUUGAUGAAGUACAGACUGGCUGUGGUGCAACAGGAAAGUUCUGGGGUCUUGAUCACUGGGAACUUCCUGAACCACCAGACUUUGUGACGUUUUCCAAGAAGAUGGCAACUGGUGGGUUCUUUCACAAACCAGAGUUUCGUCCUCAUGCCCCAUUCAGAAUUUUCAACACUUGGAUGGGAGACCCUAAUAAGUUGAUAUUGUUACGUGAAGUUUUAAAAAUCAUUGAGCAAGACCAGCUUAUAGAGAAGACUYGUGAAGUUGGGAAGGAACUCAUGAAAGGAUUGUUGCAUUUAGAGGGUAAAUAUCCKGACUUGUUCUCUAAAGCGCGAGGCAUUGGAACGUUUUGUGCUAUUGAUAUGUGUGAUGUGGAAACAAGAACAACAUUCUUGACAUCAGCGAGGAAUAAAGGUGUUGACAUGGAUGGAUCUGGAGAGAAAACCGUUAGAUUCCGUCCUGCUUUAAUAUUGGAAUCCAAACAUUUGGAAAUUGUACUUGAUACAAUGGACACUGUUGCCAAUGAUAUUACUCAGAAUCUAAAAUUUUCUAUCAGUAAAUGAGUAAACCUACAAUAGUACAGUUAUAAGUUGAUACAACAGAAUUGCAUGUUUUCUCUGUGUUCAUCUUUUAUGACUGAUUCAUAUCAAGGUUUCAAUUGUACACAACCUCUCUUUCAUAGGCUGAAGAGAUAAGUCAAAAAGAAGUCUAAAAUAUACUAUACAGCUAUAUGCAUCUUUCUACAAAUUUUUGUAAUACUUAAUAUUCUGGUCUCAUUGUAUUAUUAUAAUAAAAAUUAUUAUAAUGUA